ACUUGAACCAACCUCAAACCUGCUCAGGCAAAGCCUAACAUCCUGAGGCAUGCGGGGAAUCUCACUCGGGAGGCUGGAGCAGAAUUCAAGGCUCACAUGAGUUCCAGCCCAUCCUUCCCCUUCAGAAGUCACUACUAAGGACUGCUUGUAACAAACCCUGUCUGAACAAGGAAUUGGAGUUAUCGGUCGGAUGCCAGCCUGUCCGCAGAGUUCCAGGCCGCCCACACUAGUUUGGCGCGUAGCCGGGGAGACCCGGAGGCCCAGAGCGGUUGGCCAGGACGCGCUUCCGGGACCUGGGGAAGGGGACGGGCUCCUAAGCUCCGCCCAUGGGUGGAGCUACGUCCAGGACGAGCCGGGACUACGGCAGGGCAUCAUGAAGCAGCUGCCCACCUUGGAGCCUGGAGACAAGCCCAGGAAAGCUACAUGGUACACUUUGACUUGCCCUGGGGACAGGCCCUGCCCUCGAGUUGGCCACAGCUGCUCAUAUUUUCCCCCACUUGGUGAGGCCGAGAGUGGGAAGGUCUUCAUUGUCGGGGGAGCAAAUCCAAACCAAAGCUUCUCAGAUGUGCACACCAUGGAUCUGGGAACACAGCAGUGGGACACGGCCACCAAGGAGGGCCUCUUGCCUCGGUAUGAGCACGCCAGCUUCCUUCCCACCUGCUCACCUCACAGCAUCUGGGUGUUUGGUGGUGCAGACCAGUCAGGAAAUAGAAAUUGUCUACAAGUCAUGAGUCCUGCCAGGACAUGGAGCACACCAGAAGUGACUGGCUCCCCGCCAUCCCCAAGAACAUUCCACACAUCGUCGGCAGCUAUUGGAAACCAACUAUAUGUCUUUGGGGGAGGAGAGAGAGGUGCUCAGCCUGUGCAGGAUGUGAAGUUGCAUGUAUUUGACGCAAACACUCUGAAGUGGUCUCAGCCAGAGACACAUGGAAGUCCUCCAUCUCCCCGGCAUGGCCAUGUGAUGGUGGCGGCGGGUACAAAACUCUUCAUCCAUGGAGGAUUGGCAGGGGACAAGUUCUUUGAUGAUCUCCAUUGUAUUGAUAUAGGUGAUAUGAGCUGGCAGAAGCUUGGUCCUACCGGGGCUGCUCCAGUCGGCUGUGCUGCCCAUGCUGCCGUUGCUGUGGGACACCAUGUGUAUAUGUUUGGAGGAAUGACAGCCACUGGAGCACUGAACACAAUGUACAAGUAUCACACAGAAAAGCAGCACUGGACCAUACUUCAGUUUGACACUUCCCUACCCCCUGGACGACUGGACCACUCCAUGUGUGUCAUCCCAUGGCAAGUGACGCCUACCUCUGAGAAUGAAGACUCAGAUUCUGUCAUUCUAACCCUCCAAGCUGAGAAGGGCGAUGCUGCUGAGAAAGCAGGGACCCAGAGUGGGGGGCCACAUGAAGAGAGUCCGACUACCAUGUUGCUCUGUUUUGUGUUCGGUGGGAUGAAUACAGAAGGGGAGAUCUAUGACGACUGUCUCGUAACUGUAGUGGACUAAUAAAACCUACACUUUUAUUACUUGC